AUGCCUGAAACAUCCCAGGGACCAUUCUAUACACAGAUUCUCGCGGACUAUGGAGCCGAGGUUCUCAAGGUUGAAAAUCCUAAAGGGGGUGAUGAUACUCGCUUGUGGCGAACGGCAGCAGAGAAAGAUAUUUGGAAACCCACGGGCAAAGACAUGUCUGCUUAUUUUUGUGCGAUCAAUCGGAACAAGAUGUCUAUUACCUUGAAUCUCAAACAAGACAAAGGCCGGGAGAUCCUUUUUCGACUUGUCAAAAAUUCCGACGUCGUAGUAGAAAACUUUGUUCCAGGAAAGAUGGAUAAGAUGGGUAUUGGAUAUGAAAAACUACGAGAAAUCAAUCCACUGAUCAUACAUGCUAGCGUCUCUGGAUACGGCGCUAGUGGUCCAUAUUCCCAUCGUGCAGGUUACGGCGCCAUUGCCGCAGCCGAAGCAGGCAUGCUACACGUCACCGGCGAGCGCGAUGGGCCCCCAACACGACCUGGUCUCGGUCUCACCGAUAUGAGUACCGGUCUGUACCUGCACGGGGCAAUUCUUGCCGCGCUUUUAGCCCGCAGGGAUACAGGUCGCGGCCAGAAAAUUGAUGCAUCCUUAUUUGAGAGCCAGGUAUCGUUGCUUUCUAAUGUGGCAAUGUCCUGGCUGAAUGCCGGCGAACAUUCGAAGCGUUGGGGUACAGAACAUCCAAGUAUUGUCCCUUAUCAAGCUUUCAAGACAAAGGACGGCCACCUGGUUCUGGGCGCUACGAACAACCGCCAAUUUCAAAUCCUUUGCCAUUUGAUAAAGCUAUCGGGGUUGUCGACUGACCCACGGUUUGCUGACAACAGCUCUAGUGUUCAAAAUCGGGCCGAACUAAAAGAGAUACUUGAGCCAAUCCUGAACGCUAAGACGGCGGAAGUCUGGCUGGCUGUCUUAGAGGGUUGUGGAUUGCCAUAUGGACCCGUGAACACGAUAGAAGAAGUGUUCUCACACCCACAAACCGCUGCGAGGGAUAUGGUUUAUAGUCUUCCUCACAAAGAAUCAGUAUCAGGGUAG